AGGUUAAUUAUGGCUAGUUUCCCAGUUCCCAGCAAAUUAAAAACCCAGACAAUCAGCAGGAUGGCUUGAUGAUGUCUGCUACAACAGAACGUAUGAAAGCCAUGACGUUGAGCUGCAGUGAUAACAUAGUGUAAUUAUUUUCGAAGAUGAAAGAUUACUCUAGUUAUGGGUAUAUGCAAGGUCCCAUUCGGACCAUGAUAUUAGAAGAUCUGAACAAGAUGGGUGUAGUUGCCAACACCAACCCCCAAAAGCGAAGAAGUAAGGCAGGAGUCAAUUCUCAUCUCUCAGAAAAGUAUCAGAAUGAGUGUGGUAUUUACGGGAAGCCACUGGCCGAGUUAGAGACUCGUCCUGUGCCUGGACAGCCUUAUAUUCGUGUGCCUAGGUUAUUGCUGCGAUCAUGCAACUUUCUCUUGCACCAUCUUGGAACUGAGGGACUGUUCAGAAAGAGCGGGUCUGUGUCCAGACAAAAAGCUAUUCGGAUCUCGCUAAAUGAGGGUAAUGGUAUUGACGAGGAAUCGAACCCUCAUGAUGUUGCCAGUCUUAUGAAACAGUUCUUACGUGAACUCCCUGUACCGCUCCUGACGUAUGAUCUCUAUAACUCAUUUGUUCAGAGUCAGAUGUUGGAAGAGGAAGAUGACAGAAUGCAAGCAGUGUUAUCACUAACGCUCUGUUUACCUGACAUUAACCGACACACUUUACAGUUUCUGACAACGUUCCUACAUACUGUGGCGGAGAAGAGCUCAUCUAACAAGAUGACGUCAUCAAACCUUGCUGUAGUUAUUACACCUAAUGUGAUACGAGCCACUAGCUCUGCUGCUGAGGGCACUAAUAUAAAACUGGAGACCCAGCUUAUGGAGACUCUUAUACAGAACAGUUCAGUGAUUGGUCUGGUUCCUGAUGAUAUCGCUCACAGAGCACAGAGCAUGAUACUGGAACUUAGUGGUAUUUGGGGUGUCAGUGAACAGGAAGCAGCGUACAAGUUACCUUUGAAAGGGAAACGAAAACGUAGCGGAUCUCUUUCUGGUAUACUAACCAGCGUGUUCAAACACAACAAGACGACGACUAAACACUCUGUUGUUUUGAGAACCAGACCAACUUUAACUAGAAAGUCCGUCUCUAACCAAGAUCUCAGUGUUGAGAAUAAGAUGAGAAAUAUUCCCAUACACGGAGAUCUGUCGUUCUCUACUCCCUGUAUCAGAACACCUGGGCCUGCUCCACGUGGACCUGUUAUCGGAACUCCUCUUCUCACGGCUCAGCGCAGGAAAGCGUUAUUGAGACAGACUCCUGUCGAUCCCAGGAAGAAACCAGCCAAACCGAAUAACACAACAGUAAAUGUGACGGACUUUCCCUCACCAGUAGAUCUAGAUCCCCCAAACAAGAGAUCUAAGUUUGACAUGUCACCACAAGCUGAUCCCGUUAAGCGGAAGAACUUUAAACAGAGGCUCAGCGAGGGAUUGACAUCCCGCUAUCGUAAGUCGCGACUAAAGCGCAAGAGAUCACGUGUCCACCGCAGUUCUGAGGGCAGUACAGUCACCACCACCACUUCGACCACUACAGAUGUUACUGAUGUUACAGGCGAACAGACAGGUUGUGACACUCCACUUACUGAUAAAAAGAAGAAAGAGAAGGCACCCGUCUUCUGCUUCAAGGCAAAGCCUGGUAGUUUUAACGACCAACAAAAGAGGUUAACAUACACAACGGGGUUGUCAAUUAACAACAUAAACAACUCUGAAGUGGUUGUUAACAACUGUAACGUUGAGCCCAAUCUGGAGUCUCCUGUACAACCUGAACUAGGAGAAUAUUCUCCGUCAACUUAUGUGAAGCAGCUAGAACAUGGGGCAGCAACACCUGGAAUAACUGACACUACAAUCAGUAAGAAGAAGCUUUUCCCCUCUCCUCGGUUGGACGUAUCUAUCGAGUAUCAUCCCGCGAAGAAGAGUCACAUGAUCCCAAUAUCACCUAACGUAAACCUGCACAGACGAAGGGACUCUUAUCUUCAGAGUUGCCAGGUAACAGAGGAGGUAAAGGUAGAUGCCGCCCCGCCCCGCAGGAGGAGCCCCAGACUCAGACGAUCUGCUCCAAUCAGUUUAGCUAAUGUUCAGGUCACAAAUACACCCGUCUCUCGACGUUCACCUCGUCUGGCUGGCCUACCCCUCAGUCCCCCCAAAGUCCGCUCCGUCUCCGGGGACUCCUUCACAGCUGCUCGUCACAGCGUGUCUCUCAAUGCUAUUAAUAUUACUCCGCAAACUUUCAGUAGAUCUAGCAUGAACAAACUCCAGCCUUUCUCUCCCAUCAGAGUUUCAUUAAACUGUAUUGCUAAGUCCCCUUACGGGAAUGGUAGCAAGGCAUCACCCGGGUGCGAGAAACUGAGGUCCAGUUUAUCGUCAACCAAAUCUGGAACCUCUGAUGGAACUAUUUCUCAGUCUGAUUUAUCGAAUACCCGGAAUGAGACCUCAGAUUUGGCUAACAAUAUGACUGAUUUGUUUACCUCACGCGAAAUAACGAGACUUGACAUGAGCUUGAACGUUCGAGAGUUUGAUAAGAAUUUCUGUCAACAACUUGCACAAUCGACUGAAAAAUUGGCCGCUCUCCAGCAAAAAUUGAACUUUGACUCGCUUGAUGCAGACAUUCCAGAGUCUGGCUCAGAUAACAUUGGUGAAGGUCAGGUCACUGGGGAGGUGGAAUUUGAAGACUCAGUAAUCAUAUCAAAACCAAACGCCAGCUAUAAAACUCCCGAUGAAACACUGAACAUUACCGGUAUUAAUGAGUCUCACAUGACCUAUAUUACUCAAAACAUGUCUAAUUUCUUUGGAAACAACACCACAUUUCAACUGGAUCCUGAUUCCAGUAGGGUAGAUUUUCCAAAGUUUGGUGCUCUCCCUCAGUUACCGCCAAUUAUUGCCCUAGAAGAAAACCCCCUUGCGGAGAAAUCCCUGUCAUCCGAAUGCUCUGACGCCAGAUCAAUGUUAUCCGAACUUGAAUUAUCGGAAUGUAGAUCACGAGAUGUUACCCUGAGAUUGAGCUCUGAUGUGAGUGUCACGACUAGAAAUCCGAACACAGCAAAUUCUUGUUCGACUUUAUCGUCAGGUAAAGCUCCACUCAACUUAUCAAUCGAGCCGAACUGUUCCAAGAAUCUCACUGAAUCUCCCUCGGUUCAGGCGAUCUUUGAAGACUCUAUUAAGUCACCACCAAAAAUUAGUAGAGUGAUCAUGCCUGAAAUGCCGGCUUUUCAACCGGACUCCUUAGCGCUUAGAAGUUCAGAUGUUUCUCCACCCCAAGACCUGGUUCAACUCUCUCGCUGGAUAGGAAACAGUACAAGAAAUAUUCCUGCAGAAAUCGACACUGAACACGGUCAAACGUUACCCAAAUUCUUUGACGAACCAAACACUUCGGCAAAUAGUUCAGGUUCUGGAACGAGUUCUGGGUCUUCAGAUCUAACUCCCAUGCAAUCGAUAAAGUCAAGUGUCGUUUUGAGAGAUCGGCAAGGUUCCAGCUUAGCACCCACAACUCCUCUUAACCUCCCGGAGCAGCAGAAAACGGACUCAAAACGGGCACUUGUGGUCAGGAAGCAAGCCACAAAUCUGACCCUUGAAAGUAAUCUGAGUGUUUCGGGAAACAACGGGACGAAACCUUCUGCCUCAAUAAAUAACAGAACUAUCAAUGCUGAUGAACAAAUUUCCUCUGUACCAAAUUAUUGUCCGAUAACAGUAAGUUCGGAAACAGAUCCCGGACAGUUGAGUAGAGACUGGAUUAAGCAAGUGCUUCAAGACGACCAGAUAUCAAGCACAGUUCAAGGUAGUCCUGUUAAAGAGAACAUAGCACCAGUUUCCACUUCCGUGACACCCAACCAACCUUGCUCAAACACCAUCACCCCUAACGUCACUCCCAAUGUAACCCCUGCCAAGCCUGCUCGUACACCAAAACACAGCGGUGAAGUGGACAUGAACAAGAUCAACAUCACACCUCGAACUAAAAUACCGAGGGGUUUUACUAAAAACCUGGCGAGCCAGUGGGAGAAUAUGAACAGUGAUAAAAGCACCAGGCCGGGGACUCGGUCAACAACUACAAGGAAAACUAGGAUACCUUUACGCAACGCUAGCAGGGCUGGUUCAAACAGCAGGACAAAUAAAACAGAUGCCGUCCCCCCUCAGUCCACCGUGUCCCGCAAACUGAAAACUGGUAAUCAGAUCACUGAGUCUGUGCGGCGCGCGGACCUUGCACGUGCAGCUUCAGUCAAAUCAGUUGUGAAACCUACUCGAGUUUUAACCAGGACCAAGUCGGACAACGCCGGUAAAAGAUCAGGUAGUAGCCGGCCUGCUUGGAGGUUGUAGAUACAUCAUACAUGAACUGGUGACGAUUUCUGCUCUUCUCGGUCAUAACUUUACACCGUGAAGAAGACCUUACCUAGUAGUAAACAAUGACUAAACUAACAUUUGCAGUGAUUGUUUUGUUAAACAGACCACUUUAAAGCGGAUACUGAUUCUUUUUAACUUUAAUUGUUAAGGUAAAUUAAUUUAUUGCGAUGGUUAAUUCGUUUUGUUCCGUUAUUUCAGAAAUAUCGGGUUUUUUUAUUUCAGACAGGCCUUGAAGCCUUCUUUCAAUCCAAAUAAGAAUGUUCUUCGCUUAUAUCGAUAACUACUACAAAAUAUGAUACAUUCAAACUGGCAUGAAAUUGUUUUUCGGCGUACCUGAUCUUCUUUAGCAUAAUAUUGAGCGUUCGAAAGUUAUUCCGAUUCCUUUUCGAGAACAAAAUAUCACUUAUUCUUCAAGUAACUAAUUAGCAACUGAUAGACCUUUUCAUCUACAGUUAAUUUCGAUUUAUUUUAUUGAUUGAAAUUCAAUAUAAAUUUGUUUCAUUGCUCUUUGGGGAAAAAUGACUUGCUUAUUUCAGCCAUUUAACU